AUGGAGAAAAUAAAAUUACUAAGAAUUAGUGAAAUCAAUUUUUUUGAAUAUAUUAAUUGUGUAGAUAAUGAACUUCAGAGUAAAACUAUCGAUAGUGUAGAUUGUGAACUUCUUGAGAGUGUUACUGCAAAUACAUCAGCUCCAUUCAAAUUUUACGAUUUCUUCCGUCUUUCGGGAGAAAGAGAUGCAUUGAGGAAUUCUGAUUCCAAUGAACAAGGCGCAAGUGGAGACGUAAAUUCUGAUGAACAAGGAGUGAAUGGAGUUUCGACUGAACUAAACUUAUAUACGGAUCCAUGGAUAAUAAAGAAAAAGGUUACCGAAACUGAUCUUAAUGGUUGUAGCAGGCUACUGAUACCAACAAAUUUAGUUAAGAACAAAAUUCUACCAUUUAUUAACAAAGAAAAUCGGAAAAAGAUAGAUUGUGGAGAAGGUAUGAAAGUAAACUUUUGGGAUGUAAAUAUCUGUACGAAUCAUGAAGUCGUAUUCAAGCGAUGGAGUAGCUCGAAAAGUUACGUGUUCAUAGAUGGUUGGUAUACUGACUUCGUUACAAGAAGAAAAUUAAGAAAAGGGGAUGAAAUUGGACUGGCGUGGGGCUAUAAUUAUAAAGGAUUCUUUUUCAAUGUUCUUUCUCGAGCUCAAUCAGAUUAGGCAGGAUGCAACAUUUUGAAUGUCAUAUAUGUAUAAUGUUUUAGUAUCAAUUGAUUUACAAUAUUAUUUGGUAUUUGAA